ACUCAGAGCUGCGCUUCUCCCGCUCCCCUCAGCUUCCUUAGGAUUUUGUUUCUCAGGGAUGGCCGCAUCUAUUCUGGAGGUAGGGAAUGUAUUUGAAGACGCACGUUAUGGCUCCAGUCCUCUGGCUAUGUUAACUGCUACCUGUAACAAAUUUGGCAGCACCAGCCCCGUCAGGGAUUCGGCUACACCCGGUAAGACCGGCAGCACCACUCCAAUCAAGAAGACCUACACAAUGACCUCCGACCUUCACGCAGCUAAGAAUGGACGGACCGCAGACGGCAGUGGCCUGGCGGACUCCUACACUGGCUCCUUCACCACAGCUGGAGGAGGGGGAGGAGGUGGUGGGCUCCUCACACCCACUGGAAGCCCCCCUCCUUCAGCUGGAGGCUACUCUACAGAGUAUAACCCUUUCUCCCACUCUUUCCAGACCUCUGUCUCACAGGACCCGUCUCUUUUAGUGUCCAAGACCCACGCUACGGCUGAUUGCCUCACUAGUGUCUAUACCUCACUGGAUAUGACACAUCCAUAUGGCUCCUGGUAUAAAGCCGGUAUCCACCCUGGCAUUACCGCUGCCCCAGCUAAUGCCACAUCCUCCUGGUGGGAUGUCCAUCCCAACUCCAACUGGCUGUCAGCGACACAGCCCCAGUCGGACGGAGGUCUCCAGGCCUCCCUGCAGCCUGUAGCACCACAGGCUUCCCUGAGUCCCCAGAUAUCCAGUUACAGCACCGACUUUACACCCCUCAACCCAGCACCUUACCCUUCUGUGGGACUGGGUUCCUCCUCACACCUCCUUCAGCCUUCCCAGCACAUGUUGCCCCAGGACAUGUACAAACCCAAGCCUGUGCCAAGUGCAGGUUUGAUUGAGAGUCAAAUGGGCCUAAAACCCGCUCGUGGAUCAGGGGGCUACAACGGAGGGGGUACACCCACCAGGUCCUCAUGUGACUGCCCUAACUGCCAGGAGCUGGAGAGGCUGGGAGCCUCUGCCGCAUCUCUGAGGAAGAAGCCGGUCCACAGCUGCCACAUCCCAGGCUGUGGGAAGGUCUACGGCAAGGCCUCCCACCUCAAAGCCCACCUGCGCUGGCACACCGGCGAGCGGCCCUUUGUUUGCAACUGGCUCUUCUGUGGAAAGCGCUUCACCCGCUCGGAUGAACUGGAGAGGCACGUGCGCACCCACACGAGGGAGAAGAAGUUCACCUGUUUACUGUGCAACAAGCGUUUCACACGUAGCGACCACCUUUCAAAGCACCAGAAGACCCAUGCAGAUUCUGCAAUGCAGGGGAAAGCUGUAGCUGUGGAGGGAGACACGGAUCCUCGGAGUGAAGAGACCACAGAGCUCAACACAAGCGUCGUACCAACCAACCCUGACCAAAUCAGCAACGGAGAGGAGAAGACUGGCACACCAAACGGAGUGGAGAACAGCAGUGGACUGUUGGAGAUCUGACUUAAUCAGCUGUCACAUCUUGUAUUCACUUCUGAAUUCUGACAUGGUGGGUUUGUUUUAUGGCGAAAUAAGUCCACCUUUUAAAUAAAAAAGUGUUUUGUUUCAUGACAAAUGAAGGACACCGGACCAAGUUAACAAAGACUUGAUAGUAUGAUAACAGACUGAGUAUGUUGCAGGUAGCAAUCGCUUCAUUUUCUCUAGACCACACACACACAUAUGCAAAUACUGUACACACAAACACACACACGCUUUGACAAUCAGAAAACAUGACCAAUCCUGCAAACAUAUACCAAUGCACACCAAUAUAUGCAGGCACACACAAAAAUGACCAACUAAGUGGACGCAAAUAUAUCAUGCAUGUUGCAUGAGCACAUGCACAUGCACAGAGAUAACCAUGAACAAAUGUGCAAGCAUAUGUAAUGCACGCAUGCAUACAUACAUACAUGCGCACACAGGACUGUGUCAAUGCACACACACGUUCAUAAACACGUAAUAGUAAACAUGUCCAUGCACACAUUUCGCGUCCUACGCGUAUUUUCUGCCUUUCAAAUGAGACAAACCACUGGGGAAAUUUAAUCUGCAAAAGCAGAAGGAAAAGAGCUCUCAAGCCGCAAAAGGAAAGUAGUUUUACAACGAGACUUAUGGUCAGGAUGAUGGAGUUGAUGGAGCAUUGCAUGCCUUGAGAAAAAUCAGAUUUACAGCUGUACUUUGAUACUUAUUCAUUAUUCUUGAAACAAUCAACGGACAGUCUUACUUACUGCUUCUUGUUGCCAGAGACAUUUGGUUUUGCAUUUCACUUUUGUUUGCUGUUUGCUUCUUGCUAUGUCUAAUUUAAUUUCAUAUUUACAUGAAUAAUCUAAUUUAUGUCUUAAAUUAUACACUAGGAAGAUCAUCUUGCACCCUGUAAGACAUAUUCUGCCUGAAAAAAAAAUGCAAGAUGGUUUAAGCUGGCCAAAAAGAAAUUCAAAUGCAUUAAAUUAAUUUUUUUUCUCUUAUUUAUUAGUUAUUCUGUGGAGUUUUGGGGCUAUGUUUUUAAAGAUUAAUUUAUAGAUCUUGAUGUUAGAUGUGUGUGUGUGUAAACUAUUUCUAUAUAAUCUUUUAAUUGUGAAGUCUUCCACACCUGACAAUGUAAUGAUAAUAAGGGCUUCUCCUUGUUUGUACAUACUAUAUAUUUACAACAAUAUAUAGAUAUUGUUAGGUGUGUUAUUUUUCUACUUUGUGAUGUAUUUCCUACAUUUUGUAUAACUUUCAUGAUGAAAAGAAUGAUGUCUUGAGUCGUAAAAAGAUACAUAAACAUAAGAGCUUGA